AUGAAGCCUAUGAGUCCACUUACGCCGAAUGGAAUUCGCUCACCCGGAGCUCAAUGGCACCAUAUUCAAGAUGCUAGAGCAACUUUCACUUGGACGAUACAAGAUACAUACGCCCUGUGUUGGAAUAUUGGAUUGCUAGUCGUUUCCAUGUACAUGUAUCUAGCUGGUCUGCUUCAGACAUUUCAACGAUUCAUCCAAAUCAGAAUAUCCUCAUUUCUAUCAAAUACGAUACUUCCAACUGUAUGUUAUGUCUUACUCGCUGCCAUACUCUGGAAUGUUGCUCAAGGAAUCAUAAAAUAUUAUCGCCAGCAACCAGACUUUGCAUCCAUGCCCUUGUCUCCGCUUCAACGUAAACAGCUAGGACUAGAUCCAAUAGAUUCGAGUCGUGUAGAUGCGGACAAGAAGUUUGUCAAGCCCAAUCUUGUCGCCAAACUUGAUCAAACGUCACCAUUGACGCGUCGUGUGGUUCCUCUAUCUCAAGCCUCCUUUAGCUCGCCAUUCGCGUCACGUACCGCACCCACACCAUUUCAGACUCCUCCAGUACCGAUCCCAUCAGCUGGUGGAACGCCUGUAACUCCUUUUACUCCCAUGUCUGCCAAGAGUGUUGGCUCUCCAUUGUCGAGCUAUCUGAUACGUCGCUCACCGAUGGGAUUGUCUCAAGAGCCCAUUCGUGAUAUGAGACACCUGGAUGCUUUACUUGGUCCAAAAGAUGGUGGAAUUGGUCCAGAUACACCACAUACGCCUCCUGCUGCCUUCAGUGUCGGGGCGCCAUUCCAACCUACACCUCCGCAAUUGGGCAAAUUUCAACCAGCAUCCAGAACCCUCAAGGGACCAGCUCAACCUACUCAAGUUCGUAAAGAGAAUGGUCUCUAUACGUAUGAGCCUCUACUAGUGUUGCAGGAAUUGAAUAUAGAAGAUUAUAUUGAGGGAUGGACUGAAAAGAUGCGCAAGUGGAUGUCUUCCAAAAUACUUGGACCUCUUGUGAAAAGGGUUGACAAGAUUGAUAGUGUCUUUCGAGAAGCAAACUUGUCACAUCUCGAUACAAAGACUCGAGCUGCAAAUCUGGUUGGAGGGACUUGGGUGCCUCAGACACAGCAAGCUCAGCCGCCAGCGGCUACAGGUGGCUUCUUCUCACAACCAGCCAGUACAUUUGGAGGUGCAUCCAGUAUGUUCACUAGACCUGCUGGUGGAGCAUUUGGUAUAUCCUUUGGUCAGCAACCUGCUCAACAAGCUCCAGCAGCACCUUCAUCACGGCCAUCAUCACUCGAAGACCUGUUUGCAGGCUAUUCCAGGGAUGCUACUGUUCAAGAAAGGAUGAAAUUGGAAAAGUAUUUGACGGUGCCAGGUCAACCUACCAAUCGACUCUACAUUCUCGACAGGAUACGAGCACUUGCAAGAGGUGGUGUACUGGGAGCGUAUCAAUGGACUGGAGGUGCAGAAUGGGAAGGAAAACCAUGGGACAAGCACAAGGAUUUGCCAUCUGAUUUGUUGCUAUUGAUGCACCUGUUUGCAACAUUCAUGGAUGAGACCAUCACACCAUGGGACGAGUACGGACGAGGUGAAGCAUUUAGUCGCAGACAUGUUACUCUGUUUGAUCCACUGUCAUCGGACACCGUGUCAAGUAUUCAAAUACGUUUGGCUGACCCAAAUCCACCAACCUUGCAACUCAUUGUGAACUACGAUACUCCUCAAGGAGCUGAAAAGCGGGGUUGGCAAAUAUUCCCAAAACGCAACAAUCUCUUCCAUGCAUUGGUUAUCUUUGUCUACUAUAUCAAAGCCACUGCAGGUGGAUUCAUGGGUGUUGUGGACCUCAGCAGUCAAUCGAUUGGUCUCUCUCAAGUUGUAGAACCAACGCCAUCCUAUUCAACCUUCUUAUCAUCACUACGACAAAGUAGGAGCAGUCCUCAAAAGGAUUCAACAGCUUCUCCUUCCGCGGCACCAUCCUCGUCAAAUAUGCCUAUGGGUGGAUCCUCUAUUGGCACACCACUACCAAAUCCAUUCGUGCCUUCCCCUAGAUCUGGUGCUUCUGCUCGAAUUGUUGAGAGUAGCAAUAAUAGUGGUGGAGGAGGAGGAUCUAGUAGCAGUGCUUUGAACAGAGUUGGAUCUGGUGCCAAGAGGACAGCUACGGAAAACCUCACACCUUAUGGAACACCAACACCAGCACCUUCUGGUUUUCAAUUCGGUUCAUUGUCUACACCAGGUUCAUUGUCAUUCAAGUAA